GCUGCCCCCCGGGAGCCCACGGGGGUUGGUCCGUAGCUCCCUGGGACCCCCGCGGCUCCGCGAGUGGGAGGGUCCCCCGGGGCCCCUGUGGGUCCGCUCUGGCCGGCCCGGGUCUGCACGUUGGCCGCGCCGAAGCCGGUGCUCGUUGGUGCGAGCUCGGGAGCCUUUCUCUGCCCGCCGCGUCCCCUUCCCCAGCCCCGGGCAGUGUCCUUGCGCCCCCGGCCUGCCCGAACCGAGGGACUCGCUUCCGCGCCUCCUCCACGGGCGUCCCCGGGCGUCCGCGCCGGCCAGUAGCCCCUGCCCACUCCUGGAAGGCGUCGGGAAAGACCUCUUCCCCCACCCGCCCCGGGAACUGCGGCUGCAGGGCGCUCGCUUCCCCGCCCAGGCUGCGUUGGGGCCCCAGCGGUUUCCUUCUUGACCACCUUGGAGGAGACGCUGAGCCGCGGCCGUUGGGGGCUGCGGGGUAGACGGGCUUGCUCCGAACAGCACGGUGCCUCCUCGUGGCCCAGCUCGGCCUGGGCCUCGGGCCCCGCAGAGGGGAGUUCAGAGCCCACCUCCCCCCAGCCCUUCCAUGGACUCAUUUUAAUUUUCCCAGUCAUCCCGUGAGCUGUAUGACUUUGACUUUCAAGAUCCUCUUCCCACCAACCCUCCGCACACUUGGGCGAAAAGAAUUUUGCCUAUUCCGACAGCAACAUCACUGGCCUGACAGAAGACAGUUCAGCCAUUGGUCAGAAACAGAUCUGCUUCAUGGGCACUGCCUCCUCCAGAGAAGAAAGCCUGCUCUGUCAUUCCAGGAAGGCCAUCUAAGACCACGUGCCACCUGCCUUGUUUUCUUGCCAGGGGCGCAUGUGGGACUCUGCAGUGGCCCCUGUGAGAUGGCCGAGCAACGAUUCUGUGUGGACUAUGCUAAGCGCGGCACGGCGGGCUGCAAGAAGUGCAAGGAAAAGAUUGUGAAGGGGGUGUGCCGGAUCGGCAAAGUGGUGCCCAACCCCUUUUCAGAGUCCGGGGGUGAUAUGAAAGAGUGGUAUCACAUUAAAUGCAUGUUUGAGAAACUGGAGCGGGCCCGGGCUACCACAAAAAAAAUCGAGGACCUCACAGAGCUAGAAGGCUGGGAAGAGCUGGAAGACAAUGAGAAGGAACAGAUAAGCCAGCACAUUGCAGAUCUGUCUUCUAAGGCAACGGGCACACCAAAGAAGAAAGCCGUCGUCCAGGCUAAGCUGACAGCCACUGGCCAGGUGGCCUCUCCAGUGAAAGGUGCCUCACUUGUCACCAGUAGCAAUCCCCGGAAAUUUUCUGGUUUUUCAGCCAAGCCCAACAACUCUGGGGGAGCCCAUUCAAGCCCUCCCCCUAAGGCAAGUCUGUCCUCAAGCAGAUGUGACCCCAAGCACAAGGAUUGUCUGUUUCGCGAGUUUCGGAAGUUGUGUGCCAUGGUGGCUGAGAAUCCUAGCUACAACACGAAGACCCAGAUCAUCCAGGACUUUCUUCGGAAAGGUUCAGCAGGAGAUGGUUUCCACGGCGACGUGUACCUGACAGUGAAGUUGCUGCUGCCAGGUGUUAUUAAGAGUGUUUACAACUUGAAUGAUAAGCAGAUCGUGAAGCUUUUCAGCCGCAUUUUCAACUGCAACCCAGAUGAUAUGGCACGAGACCUAGAGCAGGGCGACGUGUCAGAGACAAUCAGAGUCUUCUUUGAGCAGAGCAAGUCUUUCCCCCCAGCUGCCAAGAGCCUCCUUACUAUCCAGGAGGUGGACGAAUUCCUCCUUCAGCUCUCCAGGCUCACCAAGGAGGAUGAGCAGCAACAGGCUCUGCAGGACAUCGCCUCCAGGUGUACAGCCAAUGACCUCAAGUGCAUCAUCAGGUUGAUCAAACAUGAUCUGAAGAUGAACUCAGGUGCAAAGCACGUGUUAGAUGCCCUUGACCCCAAUGCCUAUGAAGCCUUCAAAGCCUCGCGCAACCUGCAGGACGUGGUGGAGCGGGUCCUCCGCAAUGAGCAGGAGGUGGAGAAGGAGCCAGGCCGGAGACGAGCUCUGAGCGUCCAGGCUUCCCUGAUGACGCCAGUGCAGCCCAUGCUGGCCGAGGCCUGCAAGUCCAUCGAGCAUGCAAUGAAGAAGUGUCCUAACGGCAUGUUCUCUGAGAUCAAGUACGAUGGGGAGCGAGUGCAGGUGCAUAAGAAGGGGGACCACUUCAGCUACUUCAGCCGCAGCCUCAAGCCUGUCCUGCCUCACAAGGUGGCCCAUUUCAAGGACUACAUCCCCCAGGCUUUCGCCGGGGGCCACAGCAUGAUCUUGGACUCUGAGGUGCUCCUGAUUGACACGAAGACAGGCAAACCGCUGCCCUUUGGGACUCUGGGAGUGCACAAGAAAGCUGCCUUCCAGGAUGCUAAUGUUUGCCUAUUUGUUUUUGAUUGUAUCUACUUCAAUGAUGUCAGCUUGAUGGACAGGCCUUUGUGUGAGCGGCGGAAGUUUCUUCAUGAUAACAUGGUUGAAAUUCCCAACCGGAUCAUGUUCUCAGAAAUGAAGCAAGUCACUAAAGCUGCGGACUUGGCCGACAUGAUAAACCGGGUCAUCCGAGAGGGGCUGGAAGGGCUGGUGCUGAAGGACGUGAAGGGUACAUAUGAGCCUGGAAAGCGGCACUGGCUGAAGGUGAAAAAAGACUAUUUGAACGAGGGGGCCAUGGCGGACACAGCUGACCUGGUGGUCCUUGGGGCCUUCUAUGGGCAAGGGAGCAAAGGUGGCAUGAUGUCCAUCUUCCUCAUGGGCUGCUAUGACCCAAGCAGCCAGAAGUGGUGCACAGUCACCAAGUGUUCGGGAGGCCACGAUGAUGCGACCCUUGCCCGCCUGCAGAAGGAACUGGACAUGGUGAAGAUCAGCAAGGAUCCCGGCAAGAUACCCGGCUGGCUGAAAGUCAACAAGAUCUACUAUCCUGACUUCAUAGUCCCAGACCCAAAGAAAGCUGCCGUGUGGGAGAUCACGGGGGCCGAGUUCUCCAAGUCUGAGGCGCACACGGCCGACGGGAUCUCCAUCCGCUUCCCACGUUGCACCCGCAUCCGUGAUGAUAAGGACUGGAAGUCUGCCACUAACCUCCCCCAGCUCAAGGAACUGUACCAGCUGUCCAAGGAGAGGGCUGACUUCACCGUGGCGGCCCGAGAGGAGGGGAGCUCCACCACCGGGGGCAGCAGCGGAGAGAACGGGGGUACCUCGGGGCCUGCGGGGGCUCGCAAGGCCUCCAGGGCCUCCCCGAAGCAGCCCUCCACCGGCGCCAGGAAGGCAGGAGGGAGGCUGAGUGGCCCCAGCAGCAGAGGCGGCCAGCAGCUGACCUUGAAGGCAGGCCAGAAGCGGAAGGCCCCCGAGGAGACCCCGUGCCCAGCCAAGGUGCUGCUGGACAUCUUCACUGGGGUCCGGCUCUACCUGCCCCCCUCCACACCAGACUUCAGCCGCCUCAGACGCUACUUCGUGGCAUUCGACGGGGACCUGGUGCAGGAGUUUGACACGGCCUCAGCCACACACGUGCUGGGUAGUGGGGACAAGAACCCUGAGGCCCAGCAGGUCUCCCCGGAGUGGAUUUGGGGUGUGGGUCCCGGUUUGAAGGGAGGGAACCAGGAUCAGGUAGGAAAACGGGUCCUUUAUAAAGAAAAGGGAGGUUAUUGGAGCUACUCCUCUGGGGGAUACAGGACUCCAGGAGGCUCUGCCUCCCCCAAAUCUGGAAACGAGACUGGUCUUUAAGAUUAAAAAACCCACUUGAGGACAAAAGGCUCCCGUGCCACCCGAGGCUGGUUUAUUGGAAUAAAAGGCAAACAGUUUCGUGGAGAGGAGUGCUGUUCAGUAGAACUUUUUGUGGCAAUGAAAACACCCUGUAAAUCUUCAUUGGCCAAAAGAAACCAGACACGCUUAGCCACACGUCAGGUGCUCAGCAGCUGACAACUGAGGAACUGAAGUUUUGGUUUCACUUCGGCCUUGACACGGUCACGUGUGGCUACGGCCAGUGCGGGGCCGGGCCUGGUUCACACCUGAGUUACUCAACACGUGGGCCUCCGUCCGCCCCGGAUCCGCAGGCUGCUGCCAGGAGCAGACGGACUCGGGCUACCUUACGUGAAGCGCCCGGCACAGGGCCUGGCAUGCAGCCGUGUCGAGCUGGGCCCGGGCCUCUCCCUCCCUGGCCACACGCCAGCCUGUCGCUGUCACGCUCCUGGCUGGAGCAGGCCCGCUAGGUGGUCCCCUCCUUACAGACUGGCUCCCUGGAGUUCAUUUCUGCUGACUCGUGAGAGUCCGUUCUCUUUUUUCUUGCUGUCAACAGGUUGCCAGGCUUAUUUGUCCAUCCCCUGUGAAUUAAGGUAAUGAGACUCAACCUCUGGAACACAUUUUGGGUCUGGGCCUCUAAGACUGAGGACCACUGCCUCCCCCGGCCCUCCAGUGUGCUCGGCUGAGGUAGUACUCCGCUGGAGGCUGCUGGCCGGUCAGCCCGGAGGCCAGCUCUGACCCGACCUGGGUCUCUACCUGCCGGCUAAAAUGUGGGGAGGAAGGGGCGGGGGGGCUGGCACUGCCCUGACUGGCCCAGCACGUUGGUGUUUUUGAAUAGGCCCUGUUCAGUCUAGCAUGAGUACGCAGAGUAGGACCGUCUUCAUUCCGCCCUUUGUGGAGACAAAAGCCGCUCCUCCUUUGAGCGCUGACCUACAUAAAUUUCCAUCCCCCUCUCGAGCUUCCUCAGGCCAAGCCGCCAGACCGGGCAGCAGAACAAAGCAUUCCCUUUGGGAUUCUGCCAAAGGACACGGUCACUGCCCUCUGACCCGGCUGCCCUAGACCCAGCCCCCUGCCCUGACCGGCGGCUUACACUCGGGGUGCAGCCCCGCGGCUCUGCCAGCGGCGGGAGCAGCUCAGGAGUGAGUAACACGGCCUUGCUGGGUGUUCUCUCCAGUUCCCUGUCCGAGGUGUUCAGUCUCUUUCUGUCCGGUCUUUUCUCAGGCGUGUUUUUCUUUGCUGCUGAGAUUAUACUGUCUGUACAAUCCUCUAUUUCCACGGACACCCCCCCCCCCGCCCCGGGCGACAGCAUCUUACACCUCCCCAGCACCACGCUUGAGGCCUGCCCUCCUUUGAGCCUUUGUUUUCACGCUGCUGGUUGGCAGUGGACGGUAGGUCGUCCUGGGUGCCCAGCGGGUCAGCCGCACAGAACAAGAAGGCCAGAGUGCUGCAGCUCAGCCUCCAGCCUUCACAGCCUCCGGGCAAGAUUCCGUCCUCUUCUCCCUUCAAGUCCCAAGGCAGAUCUGCACAUCCUCAAGCUCUCCCCACACAGGUCUGUGCACACACCAGCUGUAGGGCUGUAUCUGAAAGCUACCAGCUGUCUCCCGGGAUCACCUGCAGCCUUAACUGAGCACGCUGGCUGGCCUCCGAUUCCGCUCUACCCACAUCUCUAAGGCCCAUCUCUCCACGAUAAGUGUCAACGGCUGACCUCACUUGGUGUUUUUUCCUUGGUCCUAAGGCUGGUCCUUCUGCUACACAGUUCCCAUCCUCUUCUAGGCUAUGCCAUGGCAACUCCCAGAUACUAGUUGUGAGAUCUUGAGCAAGUCAAAACACUACCGAACUUCGGUUUCCUCAUCUGUUGGAACAGGAAU